GUAGUAACCAACCGCACACCGACUGCCAGCCAUUACUUCACUGCAGCAGCAAUCAGCCCCUCCGUAUUUAGUGAGCUAGACACACUAACCUGUCUGUCCCCUCCUCUUUUCUCUCUCUCUGCACGUUUGGCAGAGCUGCCCUCCUCUCCUCCUCAUCACUCUGCCACUCCUGCGGCGUUGCUCUCUGCUUGAAGGGGACACUGGCCUGCUCCUCACCUACUGAUUCUGCAUGACUGUCACAAAGAUGUCAUGGCGUCCGACCUACCGAAGCUCCAAGUUUCGAAAUGUCUAUGGAAAAGUAGCCAAUCGGGAGAGCUGCUUUGACGGCGUCCCCAUCACCAAGAAUGUCCAUGACAACCACUUCUGUGCCGUCAACUCCAAGUUCGUGGCAGUCGUCACGGAGAGUGCCGGCGGGGGCUCUUUUAUUGUUAUACCAUUAUCCCAGUCUGGCCGCCUGGACUCUCAUUACCCAAAAGUGUGUGGCCACCAAGGCAAUGUACUGGAUAUCAAGUGGAAUCCCUUCUUUGAAAAUAUCGUAGCGUCCUGCUCUGAGGACGCCUCGGUGCGAGUAUGGGAGAUCCCAGAAGGUGGUCUGAGGCGCAAUAUGACGGAGGCUGUGCUGGAGCUGUACGGCCACAGCAGACGGGUGGGUCUGAUCGAGUGGCACCCCACCAGCAGCGGCAUCCUCUUCAGUGCUGGCUAUGACUACAAGAUCCUGAUCUGGAACCUGGAGAUCGGAGAGCCGGUGAAAAUGAUUGACUGCCACACUGACGUCAUCCUUAGCAUGUCCUUCAACACAGACGGCAGCCUGUUGGCUACCAGCUGCAAAGACAAGAAGCUCCGUGUCAUUGAGCCGCGCUCUGGGGCGAUCCUUCAGCAACAAGGCUGUUGCAAGAACCAUCGUGUAAACCGAGUGGUGUUCCUGGGCAACAUGAAGCGACUGCUCACCACAGGGGUUUCUCGCUGGAACACACGGCAGAUUGCUCUUUGGGAUCAGGAAGAUCUGUCCAUGCCAAUUGUGGAGGAGGACAUAGACGGCCUCUCAGGACUGUUGUUUCCCUUCUAUGAUGCUGACACACACAUGUUGUACCUGGCAGGCAAGGGGGACGGCAACAUCCGUUACUUUGAGAUUACCACAGAGAAGCCGUACUUACAAUACCUAAUGGAAUUCCGGUCUCCGGCCCCACAGAAAGGACUAGGUGUGAUGCCAAAGCACGGGCUGGACGUGGGAGCUUGCGAGGUGUACCGCUUCUACAAGCUAGUCACCCUGAAGGGUUUGAUUGAGCCUAUCUCAAUGAUUGUGCCAAGAAGGUCAGACACGUACCAGGAGGACAUCUACCCCAUGACAGCAGGAACAGAACCUGCACUGUCUGCCAAUGAAUGGCUGAGCGGCAUUAAUAGAGAUCCAGUCCUGAUGUCCCUAAAGGACGGUUACCACCGGCCAAACCAAUUAGUAUUCAAGGCCCCAGUAAAGGAAAAGAAGAGUAUGGUAGUGAAUGGGAUCGACCUGCUAGAGAACGUACCACCCAGGACAGAGAACGAGCUCCUGCGGAUGUUCUUCCGGCAGCAGGAUGAGUUGCGGCGGCUGAAGGAAGAGCUGACCACCAAGGACGUGCGAAUACGCCAGCUGGAGCUGGAGCUCAACAACCUAAAGAACGUUAGCCCCAACAACGUCUGACCUCUCAGCCUCCUGGACUGGCAAAGCUGCUUCCUUUGCCCCCACUUCUGACCUCCAAUGUGCUUCUGAGCCCUCCCACCCCUCUUUUUUGAUAUAUCACACUAUACCAUAACUUCAUACCUGCUGCCCUGCAUAGUGCACACAUUAAUUUAACUGUGGGAUAAUGUCUUAACUGGUGCAAUUACUGGAAUAUUGUAAUAAUGAUAAAUAUGAUAAGUAAUAGAGGCAAGGCAGUGUUCAUAGAUUGCCACCUUAACAUGAAAUCGAUGAAAGGGCCACGAUCCAAUCAACUGAGGUAUUAGCUAUGUUUUUACAACUUCACAACUAGUCAUUUCUAAAGUUAUUGGAUAUUUUAUUGCACAUUUUCUGCCAGACCUCCUGUGCAUUUAUCUUAUUAUGCCAACUUUGUCUUUCACAUGGCAAUACCUUGAUCACCACGCAAAGGAGUCCCUACUCUCAUCCUCCUAUAAUGACCAAACCAUCAUCUAGUUCUCAUUUUUUGCUGAGGCAAAACUGGAGGAUAAAAAGACUGUCACUGGCUCCUAUUUCUCUUCCCCAAGGCCUUAGACCCUGCUGCAGACACAGAUUGCAGCGAGCUGCAGCAUCCUCUCAAAAUGGCUGAUGUGAAGUGGUUUUGCAACUGACAGACGAGACAAGCUUUUGCAGACGUGGACCAUGUUUUCCAGAGCUGCUGUUCCCGUACUUCUUUUUUUCACCUACAAAUGUUGUUGCCUAUAAGUUUACUUCUCAAUACUGACAUAUAGCUAUCAAAAUGCAGUCUUUGUUCCCAAGGACAGCAGAUAGUUCACUUGCUUAAAGUAUUUUUAUUCUUUAUUUAAAUAGUAGGAAAGCAGCAGGGGAGACAUGGAUCCAGAGGUGGUGGACUAUUGAAAUAUAGUCACAAGGGAAGCUUUGCUGGCUGUUACUGGUUUUUAGGGCUAAUUGUGAAGAUUGGGGGUGAUGUAUAUUUGCUUCUAUUUAUUUGUCACCUUACCUUUUUAGCAAAUGUAUAACAUGUAUAUUUGUUAAUCCCAUUGUUUUUCUAUGAUGUGGCUGUGCAAGUAAUGAUUGUGAUGCUUGAUAGAUUUUGCUGAAUGUUUCAGGUUGAAAUGGUGCGAGAUUUUGUGUCAAACUCUACCUUAAAUGGUAUUAGCUCUUUAGCUCUGACAACAUAACCUUCAAAUAGGGUCUCAACAUUAUAUUCAUGCCUAUUCAUAACAGUACAUAAAACUGUAAUAAUCGCCAUCCUUUUACAUUUAAACUAAGUAUAUCACUAUAACUGCGAUGUGUUUACUUGUAGAUGUGUAAUUUUGCUCUCGAGACUCCAGGUCAUCUCUCUGUCCUCCUCCACUUGUCCCAUCAACAGACAUAGGCUAUUAUAAUUGCAGUUUAAAUGCCUUUGUUUUCAGUUCUUUCCUUCAAUCUCAAACGUAAGAAAAGUGGGCAGUGGAUUAACAUUUGAUUGGCACUAUUAUGCCAGCCAGGUUCAAGCAUCUGUAAAACAUGCCAUGUAUCUUUUACUCCAGACCCCAUCACACCAGCCUUUUCUUAUUACUAAUUCUGCUCGAUAGACUAACAAAAGGAAAAAGAUGAAUUGGCUACAUGCAUAGCAAGAAGUAAACAGCAAGUUAAGGACUGAAGGUCAGAAGUCUUCCCUGAUCAUGUCAUUGUGGGAACAUAAAGGGUCCAAAGCUUUACAGCUUCAAUCAGAAAACAACAAAAACAUAGGAGCCCUUUAAAUGUAGAUUUGAACCACUGACACACUAAAGGUAAACGUGGAUAUUAAAGGCUAAGGCUGUAAAAGGCUACAGUGAAAGUAGAUAGCAGGGAAAGGAUCUAUCAGAGACAGAUCGGCUACAUUGUAGACAGGUAAAGUUGUUUCUAGAGUAAUGCAACGUCAGGCCUUCUCAAGUAGGUUUACUGGGGACUAAAAUCAAACAUUUAACUGUUCUUUUUUUUUUUAAAGUAGCCUAACAAGAGACAAAGGCUUUUGAAAUGACUGAAACGCUCUUUAUACAAUUGUUGAAUGGCAUUUUGGUGUUACCGUGGCAGUUCCUCUGUAUUUGUUUGGCACUGAACUUGAUGGAAAACAAAGUAAAACCCAGCUUAAAUUCA